UUAUUGAAUAGAGUGCGCAGUCUAUAUUGAUCAUAUUUAUGUUAUGCUCUUGACAUGAUGGAGUCGGUGGAACUGACGGAGGAUGCUUCUCUGAGAACACAAUUCACCGUUGACGAUUUGGACAUAGAAAUAUUGCCGCUGAUUUAUGAGAUUAUUCGCAGUAUCGAGAAAGAUCCACAUGAUACUACGCAAAAAGCAAAAGAGUCACAGGAUACUAGCCACAAAAUUCUAGAAUUACAAAAGAAAUUGGAUUCUGCAAGAUCUCAGAUCAAGAGAUUACCAGGGAUAGAAUAUAGUAAAGAAGAACAAUUGCAGAAGCUAGAGACUUUACGCAAGCAACUGAGAUUAAAGCGUGAACUUUUAUUGAAGUAUCGCAAUACCUGUACAUUUGAAAUACCGAAAGCAUAAAUGCAUACAUACCGUUGCAUGAAGAUUUAAAAAA